GGGUAAUUUUGAAACGCUGCCGGGUUUAUAUCGCUUACUGACUUGAUCGGUUACGAUUAAUACAAUUCCUAAGAAUAAAUCAGGUUUAAAAUAAAAUUAUCUAUAUUUCGAAUCUAAGGAAAUAUUAAUUAUAGCUUUUUUUGUGAAUGUCGAGGUAACUGCUAAGUUUGACGGAUUUAUUUGCUUUACGAGAUGAGCAGCAGGACAGCGCGAGCAGCGUCCACGGGACAGACGGGCAAAAACAACAACAACAACAACAACCAAAACACAAAGUCCGAUGGAGGCAGUCUACCUCGCAGGAGAUCUGCACGGCUGUCUGCCAAUGAUGAAAACAUACCUCCUAAAACUGAGGCUUCAAGUGUGCCUGUCAAGCGAUCGAUCACUGUAAGGAAAAUUGCACCAAGGAAAACCCAGGCUGCAUCAGAGCCUAAUAAGGAAAAUGUGGAAAAGAAAAGAGUUUCCGGUGAAUCUGCAAAAAGGUCCAAGAUCUCGAGUCCACCCCAAGCCGAGACCACCGCACCCAAACCCACGAUCCUGUCCCCCAUCCAGCCCUCUGCAUCUCCCUCACCUAAUCCCGGAAAACAACCAGAACAGGACCCUGUUUGGUCCAGCAAAGUACGACGCUCAUACAGCCGCCUGAGCAUGGGUGACCGAUCGUUCGAGAGCCCCAAGCCUCAGUCUGCCUCGUCCCCCACGCGCAGGGAAACUCUCUUCGGGUUCGAGAGGCUCCAGACGCCGGAGGUGAUCCGUAAAGCAGACCUGACCGGAGGCACUUCUUCCUCCCUGUGUGUCGGAUCCUUCAACCUCUCGGCAGCUGAUGACAGCGUUAAUAACACAACAGAACCCGAUCUCAACAUCCCUGGGGUCUGUCUGGUGAAGAAGAACGCACGGAGGAAGAAAGUUCAGCAGAUAAAGAUGUCAGAACUGGACGUUCUAGCCGCAAAGAUGAACGCCGAGUUCGAGGAGGCAGAGUGCUUCGAGCUGGUGGUGGAGUGACGCGACGCGCCUGAGCAUCCAUAGAGACAUUUGGACCUCUGGGGACGAGUGGCCUGAGGCACAGUCCUGCUUUAGCACGAAUUGCUUCUGUAAAGGAGGACAGAUCAAGCAAAAUUGUUCAUUAAAGAUCUGGAAAGAAAUGGAAUAAGCCAUUAAGUUCGAGAAUACUUUUGCUCUGUAAUUUGUUGUAGUGUUUUCUUUUUCCUUUACACUUUAUUAGAGCAGCUCAGACUGUAUGAUUAUUGAAACCAGGUUUUAUAUUAGUACUUAUUUCCUGCAUAUCUUCUCAUGUCAACAUAGAUUUAAGCAGUGCUUUAUGUUGUCUACUUUCAUUGUUUAUUUUAUUUGUGUUUGUCUGAUUAUGUAUAAGCGCUAGUUCUGUUCAUUCGCAUGAUUAGGUCAUGAAACUUGGUUGCUAUUUUAUUUUUUAGUUUGCGAUUUCCCCAAAAAUUUUCCCAAGGCCUACUGUUGUAUCAUGCUCUAUACUAACUAAAACAAUCAGCAGAACAAUUCCUUUUAUUUACUGAUUUUUGUUUAUUGUUGUCUUUGAUAUCCAUUAUACAGUAUUCAGUUUACUGUGCAUUCUUAGACUCUCAUUUCAAAACCAUAUCGAAAAUCCAUCACUAUAAAUAGCUGCUGAAAACUACGGUCUGAAUUUAGUAAGAUUCUUUUUUUCUAUUUUUUUUUCCCAUGUAGGAGGGUAAGUCAGUGUGAUUUCUAAAAUAAAGAAAUAAACUUUGAUUUAUAGGA